AUGACUAGGCCUGACAUUUCUUAUUCAGUCCAGCAGCUAAGUCAAUUUCUACAUACUCCUCGAGUUCCUGAUUUUAAGGCAGCUCUACAUGUUUUGCAAUAUCUUAAAGGGACUCUCAACUAUGGUCUCUUCUAUUCUUCUAAUUCUGAUCUUCAGCUUACUGGGUUCAGUGAUGUAGACUGGGGAACUUGUGCAUACUCAGGGAGAUCCUUAACUGGCUGGUGCAUUUUUCUAGGUAAAUCUCUUAUUUCCUGGAAAACAAAGAAACAGAAAGUUGUUUCUAAGAGUUCAGCUGAGGCUGAAUAUAGGAGUCUUAGCCAAACAACUAGUGAAGUGGCAUGGUUGCAAGGCAUUUUAGAAGACUUGAAGGUUUCUGUUGUUCAACCAAUUCCUAUGUAUUGUGACAAUAAGGCUGCCAAACACAUUGCUGAAAAUCAUUGUGUCAAUGAAAGGACUAAGCAUUUGAAAUUGGAUGUAUGCUAUGUUCGUGAAAAUGUUCAUCUGGUUUUAUACAAUUGUUUCACAUCCGAACUGGAUUACAGCUUGCUGAUAUAA